AUGUACAACGACUUUGAAGGGAAGACCGUCAUGGACCUCGGCUGCGGCACGGGCAUGCUCAGCGCCGGCGCCGCGCUGCUGGGCAGCCCGGCCGUGGUGGGCGUGGACAUUGACGCAGAUGCUCUGGACGUUGCCCUCGAAAACUGCGACCAGUUCGAGGACCCCCUGCCGGUGGACUUUGUGUUGGCAGACGUGCUAUCCAUUGCCGACAGCAGCGCCUGCAGCACCAGCGGCAGCAACAGUAGCGGCAGCGGCGGCGGGCCCUGGCGGCGGCUGCGGUGCGACACCGUCAUCAUGAACCCGCCGUUUGGGACGCGUCGCAAGGGGGCGGACGUGGAUUUCCUCAGGGCGGCGACAAGACUAGUGCGGGGCGGCGGGGGCGCAGUCUACUCCCUGCAUAAGAGCUCUACGCGCGCCCACCUGCAAAAGGUGGCGCUCAGGGAGCUGGGCUGCUCUGAGGCGGAGGUGCUGGCUGAGCUUCGAUACGACCUGCCUGCCACAUACAAGUUUCACAAGCAGCAGAGCAGGGACAUCGAGGUCGACCUUUGGCGCUUUGUAGUGCCGCAGCGGGACGAGGCGCAGCCAUCAAAGCCGCCGGGGCAGGGGCGGGCGGCGGGCGGCGACGAGGCGUCUGACGGCGAGUGCGAAGAGAAUUCCGAUGAAGACGAUGAGGAAUCUGGGGAGUAG